GUCAUGGCCUCGACGGGCGCCUGCGUUUAAAAACCUGGCCCCUUAAUUUCGCCACCGGUUACUAGUAGCUCGCUACUGCUGUCCGCUGCUCUGGUGCUGGCCUGGCUUCAUCCCCCCUCUCUCUCUCUCUCUGAGCAAGAGGAAGAAGACACGGAGGAGGAGCCCUGAAGACCAAUCGGAGCGAAAUCGGGCCAAAAGCGUCCGUUUCUGCACGCGAAAAUAUGGAGCGAUGAGCGGAAGAGCAAGGAAGGAAACAAAAUGGGAGGAUGGAUGGAUGGCCUGACCAGCAGAAGGAACCAGGGAUCUCGCAGGAUAUUUCCGCUUCUGCUUCGCUGAUCUCGAGCUGUGCGUUACUUCUUUCUUGGUGUAUAAAUAGGAGCACAGGCCAGGCCAGAGUUCUCACACAGCACAGCACAACACAACACAGCAAUCUCUCUUCUCCUUCUUCGUUCCCCCAACGAGCGAGAGCUCCGACAGCCAUGGAUUUCGGCGACGACUUCCCGGAGGGCUCCGACAGCCAUGGCCAGCAGCAGAACAACCGCCGCAAGCGCUACCACCGCCACACCCCGCGCCAGAUUCAGACGCUCGAAGGGAUGUUCAAGGAGUGCCCCCACCCUGACGAGAACCAGCGUGCGCAACUCAGCCGCGAGCUCGGGCUGGAGGCCCGUCAGAUCAAGUUCUGGUUCCAGAACCGCCGCACCCAGAUGAAGGCGCAGCACGAACGCGCCGACAACUGCUUCCUCCGCGCCGAGAACGACAAGAUCCGGUGCGAGAACAUCGCCAUGGGUGAGGCGCUCAAGAACGUUAUCUGCCCCACCUGCGGCGGCCCCCCCGUCGGCGAGGACUUCUUUGACGAGCAGAAGCUCCGUAUGGAGAACGCCCGUCUCAAGGAAGAGCUGGACCGCGUGUCGUCCGUGGCGUCCAAGUUCCUGGGCAGGCCCUACUCGAUGUCGCAGAUGCCGCACGGCACGCCGCCGCUGUCCGUGAACUCGCUCGACCUCUCCAUGGGAAGCCUCGGCAUGGGCGGGCAGCCGCUCGGAGUCGGAGGUCUCGGCGGCGGGCCCACGCCGCAGGACUUGGAACUCCUCGGCUCGUCGGAGAUCCCGCAGUUCCAGAUGCCGGCGCCGGUAUCGGAGAUGGAGCGCCCCGUCAUGGCCGGGAUCGCAGCCCGCGCCAUGGACGAGGUGAUCCGCCUCGCGAACGCCGGCGAGCACGUUUGGAUCAAGGUCCCUGGAGGGGACGGCUACGAGACCCUCAACGUGGACACAUACGACAGCCUGUUCGGCAAGCCCGGCAGCAGCUCGUCCUUCCGCGCCGGCGACGUCCGCGUGGAGGGCACCCGUCACUGCGCGCACGUGUUCAUGAGCGCCGCGCCGCUCGUGGAGGUUUUCAUGGACACCAACAAGUGGAUGGAGUUCUUCCCCAGCAUCGUGGCCAACGCGCGCACCGUCGACAACCUGGUCAAUGGCCUGGAUGGGAGGAGCGAGUCUCUGAUCCUGAUGUACGAGGAGAUGCACAUGCUGACGCCGCUCGUGCAGUCCCGGGAGUUCAGCUUCCUGCGCUACUGCCGGCAGAUCGACCAGGGCCUGUGGGCCAUCGCCGACGUGUCCGUGGAGACGGAGCGCGACGCCCAGUUCGGCGUGCCGUCGCGCUCCCGCCGCCUGCCUUCCGGCUGCCUCAUCGCCGACAUGGCCAAUGGCUACUCCAAGGUGACUUGGGUGGAACACAUGGAGAUCGAGGACAAGGGCCCGAUAGGCGUGCUGUACCGCGACAUGGUGACCAGCGGAGCCGGGUUCGGGGCGCAGAGGUGGCUCGGCGCGCUGUCCAACGCGUGCGACCGCUACGGUGCCCUGGCGGCCCUUGCCGUGAUGAACGCCGCCGACCUGGGCGCAGUGACGGCUGACGGGAGGCGCAGCAUGAUGAAGCUGUCGCAGCGCAUGGUGGCCAACUUCUGCGGCGCCCUGACGGCGAACCAGCUCAUCGUGUGGACCACCAUCCCCGGCGGCGCCAACGACAUGAACGUGCGCGUCUCCCUGCACCGCGUCGACGAGCCGGGCCUCCCCAACGGCGUCGUCCUCAGCGCCGCCACCUCCGUCUGGCUCCCCGUCCCCUGCGACCACGUCUUCGUCUUCCUCCGCGACGUCAACACCCGCAACCAGUGGGACGUCCUGACGCACGGCAAUACGGUCCAGGAGGCCUGUCGCAUCCCCAACGGCUCCGAUCCCGCCAACUGCGUCACCCUGCUGCGGGGCGUGAACGCUAGCCACGACAGCAUGCUGGUGCUGCAGGAGAGCUGCGCAGACCCGUCGGGGUCCAUGCUGGUCUACUCCCCCAUCGACAUGCCGGCCGUCAACCUUGUGACCAGCGGCGAAGACACGGCGAACAUCCCCCUGCUGCCAUCCGGGUUCAUCAUCCUGCCCGACGGCCGCAACUCCGUGUCGGCGGGCGGCGGCGCCGGGUCCAGCGGCGGCGGCGUGCUGGCCGGCUGCGUCGUCACGGUCGCCUUCCAGAUCCUCAUCAGCUCCCUGCCGGCUUGCAAGGUCAACUCCGAGUCCAUCGCGACCGUCGGCGGGCUCAUCAACACUACAAUCGCCAACCUCAAGACCGCCCUCAACUGUGGCUGAAGAGUCCCGUCCGUGAGAGCCUAGCCCCCCGGCGAUCGAGAGGGGGAGAACGAGAGUUGAGUUGGUUGGCAACCUUGAAUGCCGGCAUUCAUGGACUCCACCUGCUGCUCACUCUCUCUUUUUCUCUCUCUCGCCCGGCCUCGUCGUCCAUCCAUACAUGCAUCCAUCAGAGAACAACAAAACUUGCUUAGGUUUCGUCCGUCUGAGACAUGGUUAUCGGUUUUGGUUUUAUUCUUCUCUUUAUUACAGGAUUUUGCUGGUUUUUCAGGGGUCGUUUAAUCUUUUAAUUUAGGCAUUCAUAUUCAUGCAUGCAUAUCAGUCAGUCAGAAAUCAUAAUCAGAAAGAGACAUUUUUAAGGCUUUUGAUAGUGAGGGAGUCAAGAACGCACCAAUGCUUGCCCCUUUCCUCGUGUGCUUUUUGCUGCUGCCGCAAACCAAUCACCAUUUGCACCAUGAAUUCCCCAUCACAUUGUUUGGUUUGGUUUGGUUUGCCUUUCUUUCUCCAUCGAUCUCUCCUCCGUUUAUUUUCCCUUGUGUUUUGUGUGUGUGGGCAGCAGCCAGCAGGGGUAUGAAUUGCGUGGUUCGGGUAUUGACUUCUCUCCAUCAAUGUAAAGGCCUUGAAUGAACAUUCAUUUCGGUUAUAAAUGGAAAGGAAAGAGAUCUGGUAAAA